AUGAGCAAUGUAACAGAAUUCAUCCUGCUUGGUCUAACUCAGAAUCCAAAACUGCAGAAACUCUUAUUUCCUGUGUGUUUAAUCAUCUACUUGAUCACAUUAGCAGCAAUGGCCUAUGACCGCUAUGUGGCCAUCUGUAAACCCUUACACUACACAACCAUCAUGAGCAGGCCUCUAUGUACUUUUCUGGUGGGGAUGGCUGGGGUUUUGGGGUUUAUUCAUGGAGGAAUCCAGCUUUUGUUCAUGGUUCAAUUACCAUUUUGUGGCCCCAAUGUCAUUGACCAUUUUAUGUGUGAUUUGAUACCCCUCCUGAGGUUGGCCUGCACAGACACUCACAUUUUGGGGCCCCUAAUUGCUGCCAAUAGUGGAUCACUAUGUUUGCUCAUUUUUUUAAUGCUCGUCACUUCCUAUAUCAUUAUCCUGCACUCCCUAAGGAGUUACAGUGCUGAAGGGCGCCGUAAAGCCCUCUCUACGUGUGCCUCUCAUGUCAUGGUUGUCAUCUUAUUCUUUGUACCUUGUUCAUUCCUGUAUCUGAGACCCAUGACUUCCUUCUCUGCUGACAAAGCAGUGACUGUAUUUUGCACCCUAAUAACUCCUAUGUUGAACCCUUUAAUCUACACCUUGAGAAACGCAGAAGUAAAAAAUGCCAUGAAGAAGCUCUGGGAUCAAGUAAUGCAAAUCAGCAAAAGAUAG